CAUUUGUGUGUAAAUAUUAGUGACUGAUGAUGCUCCUAUUGAGUAAAUUUUCUUGUUCAACCAUCAGAAAAUACUAUCAAUGAGCUGAGUUUAGAGGGUUUUGUUAGAAAGCAUUUUAAAUGUUUUAUCUCACUGCCGAGUCUUUGCUAUUUAUGGUGUUUUUAUGACUGGUUGUGUCAGGUGUGAGCCUUCACUCUCUGUCUCUCCUCCAGGUUUAUAAGGGUUGCCUCGAGUAUGAGCACAUAAUGAAGCGCCGACUGGAUGAGCAGGAACCGGUUUAUGCAUCUCAGCAGCGUCGGAUUGCGAGCAACGCUGAACCGUUCUCGCACCAGCAUCGUGUGCUAGCCCCAGCGCCUCCUGCAUACGAGCCUACCUCCGAGAACAUGCAGCCCACUGCUGGCAUUCAAUAUUCGGUCACGCCAGGAUACCAGGUGUCGGCGAUGCCUCAGAGCUCUGGCAGUCACAGUCACACCCCAGCGGUACAUAGUGCCCACCAUCACCCUCCUCCAGUCCAGCCUCAUGGUCAGCAACCUCUGGUGCCCCCGAGCCACGCUCACCCCCCAGCAGUGCCAGCCACACCAGUACAAGGACAGCAGCAGUUCCAGAGACUGAAGGUGGAGGAUGCCUUGUCGUACCUUGACCAGGUGAAGUUACAAUUUGGGAAUCAGCCCCAGGUUUAUAAUGACUUUCUCGACAUCAUGAAGGAGUUCAAGUCGCAAAGCAUCGACACACCUGGAGUGAUCAGCCGUGUUUCCCAGCUCUUUAAAGGCCACCCCGACCUCAUCAUGGGCUUCAACACUUUCCUGCCUCCGGGUUACAAAAUCGAGGUGCAGACCAACGACAUGGUGAACGUGACGACGCCCGGGCAAGUCCAUCAGAUCCUCCCUCAGCACAUCACCCAGCCACAGCCCCAACCCCAGCCACAGCCACAACACCAGCAGCUGACACCUCCCACACCCGCACCAGCACAGCCGCAACCACAGCCUCCUGCCAAACUCGCCAAGCCACUACAAUCACAGACUCACACUCCAGCCAGCCAGCCCAACGCAUUGCUGGCUCCGUACCCCUCCCCUCGCUCACCUACAGUACAGCCUCACACGCCUGUGACCAGCGCUCACACCACUACUCCGCCCAUGCAGAACAACCAGCCUGUGGAGUUCAACCAUGCCAUCAACUAUGUCAAUAAGAUAAAGAACCGUUUCCAAGGCCAGCCCGAUAUCUACAAGGCCUUUCUGGAGAUCCUGCACACCUACCAGAAGGAGCAGCGGAACGCAAAAGAAGCUGGUGGGAACUACACGCCAGCGCUGACCGAGCAGGAGGUUUACGCCCAGGUGGCACGCCUCUUUAAGAACCAGGAGGAUCUUCUCUCUGAGUUUGGACAGUUCCUGCCUGACGCCAACAGCUCUGUGCUGCUGAGUAAGACGACAGCAGAGAAGGCGGACUCAGUCAGGAACGAUCAUGGGGGCACGGUGAAGAAACCUCAGUUGAACAACAACAAGCAAAGAACUAAUCAGAAUGGUUGUCAGAUUCGCCGUCACGCUGGGGCGGGGGCCACGCCACCGAUCAAAAAAAAGCCAAAGUUAUUGGGAAUGAAAGAUCAGUCGUUGGCUGAAGCCAGUAAACAUGGAGCUGGAACAGAGACCUUAUUCUUUGAUAAGGUUCGUAAAGCUCUGCGAAGUGCCGAAGCGUAUGAGAACUUCCUGCGCUGCCUUAUCAUCUUUAACCAGGAGGUGAUCUCCCGGGCUGAGCUCGUCCAGCUGGUGUCUCCAUUCUUGGGGAAGUUUCCUGAGCUCUUUGUGUGGUUCAAGAAUUUUCUGGGUUAUAAGGAGUCAUCCCACAUUGAGGCAUUUCCUAAGGAGAGGGCGAUGGAGGGUAUUGCCAUGGAGAUAGAUUACGCUUCUUGUAAACGACUCGGAUCAAGUUAUCGAGCACUGCCCAAAAGUUUCCAGCAGCCCAAGUGCACAGGCCGUACCCCCCUUUGCAAAGAGGUGCUGAAUGACACGUGGGUGUCUUUCCCAUCCUGGUCUGAAGACUCCACCUUUGUCAGCUCAAAGAAAACCCAGUAUGAGGAGCACAUUUAUAGGUGUGAGGAUGAGAGGUUUGAGCUGGAUGUGGUCUUAGAAACCAAUCUGGCCACCAUCCGUGUCCUGGAAACAGUUCAGAAGAAGAUGUCGCGAAUGUCGGCAGAGGAUCAGACUAAGUUCCGCUUGGAUAACACCCUCGGAGGUACCUCUGAAGUCAUUCACCGCAAGGCCAUCCAGAGGAUAUAUGCCGACAAGGCAGCAGAUAUCCUUGAUGGCCUGAAAAAGAACCCUGCUGUGGCUGUCCCUAUUGUCCUGAAGAGAUUAAAAGGGAAGGAGGAGGAGUGGCGAGAAGCACAACGAGGGUUCAAUAAGAUCUGGAGAGAACAGAAUGAGAAAUACUACCUGAAGUCACUCGAUCAUCAGGGAAUCAACUUCAAACAGAUCGACACCAAAACUCUGCGCUCCAAAAGUUUGCUGAAUGAAAUAGAGAGCAUAUAUGACGAGCGACAAGAGCAGGCCUCUGAAGACCAUGCACAUGUGCCAUCAGGGUCUCACUUGACCUUUGUCUAUGAGGACAAGCAGAUCAUGGAGGACGCGGCUUCUCUCAUCAUCCACCAUGUCAAGCGGCAGACAGGCAUUCAGAAAGAAGACAAGUACAAGAUCAAACAGAUCAUUUAUCAUUUCAUCCCCGACCUGCUGUUUGCUCAGCGCGGAGAGCUGUCUGACGUGGAGGACGAGAAGGAGGAAGAGGAGGAAGAUGAGAUGGACAUUGACGAGACCACGGGGGCCACCAAAAAGCACAACGGCAUCGGCGGCAGCCCGUCCAAGCCCAGGCUGCUGUUCAGCAACACGGGAGCCCAGAAACUGCGGGGCAUGGUGGAGGUGUACAACCUGUUCUUUGUCAACAACAACUGGUACAUCUUCAUCCGACUUCACCAGAUCCUCUGCUCCCGACUCCUCAAAAUCUACAACCAGGCCGACAAGCAGAUUGAGGAGGAGUGCCGAGAGAGAGAGAGAGAUAUGCUGGCGGGAAAGCGAGACAAAAACGAUAGUCCUGCUUUUCAGCUGCGGCUAAAGGAACCCAUGGAUGUGGAAGUGGAAGACUAUUACACAGCGUUCCUGGAUAUGGUGAGGAAUCUCCUGGACGGCAACAUGGACUCCUCACAAUACGAGGACACCCUUCGGGAAAUGUUUACCAUUCAUGCAUUCAUUGCCUUUACAAUGGACAAGCUGAUCCAGAGUAUAGUGCGACAGCUGCAGCAUAUUGUAAGCGAUGAAAUCUGCAUCCAGGUGACCGAUCUAUACCUGUUGGAAAGCAAUAACUGUGCUACUGGCGGUCCCCUGGCCACCAUAUCAUCUCGAUCUGGUACAGAGGGCAAUUACCAGCGCAAGGCCGAACAACUCAUGUCAGAUGAGAACUGUUUUAAGCUGACAUUUAUACAUAGCCGAGAUCAGGUAUCAUUAACCAUUGAUCUGCUGGAUACCGAAGAGGAGAUCUCAGAUGAUCCUGUGGAAGCAGAGCGCUGGUCAGACUACGUGGAGCGUUAUGUGAAUUCAGAUUCUACAUCUCCUGAAUUGCGUGAACAUUUAGCACAGAAACCUGUGUUCCUGCCCAGGAAUCUGCGCAGGAUUCGUAAGUGCCAGCGGGGCCGAGAGCAGCAGGAAAAGGAAGUGAGAGAAUGCGGCAAUAAGAAGUCGAUGGAGAAUGUCGAAAAUGUUGAUAAAAUGGAGUGCAAAUUUAAACUCAACUCCUACAAGAUGGUGUAUGUCUUCAAAUCCGAAGACUACAUGUACAGAAGAACUGCACUACUCAGGGCUCGGCAGUCUCACGAGAGGGUCAGCACACGGCUACAUCAGCGGUUCCAGGCUUGGGUGGACAAGUGGAGUAAGGAGCACGUGGGCCGGGAGAUGGCAGCGGACACAAACAAGUGGCUAAUGGGAGAGGGCCUGGAUGGCAUGCUGCCUUGCACAACCACCUGUCAAACGGAAACCGUGCACUUCAUGAAAAUCAACAGAUACAGGGUGAAAUACAGCACUGUAUUCAAGGGGCCCUGACUGACAGGCAACACAGGGCCCUCCUCGCUGACUGUGCCCACGAUUUUGGCGUCUCAUCCAAUGCCAUACACCAGCUCUACACACAAAACAAAACAGUGACACUGCUAUGGUUUGUAAAUACUCUGUACAUAUUGUCGACAGACGUUUUUUAAAAAAAAAGAAACAAUCUGCAUCAAUGUGCUAGCAUUACUUACUAGCUUAUUGUGUAUCAUAGUAUGAGGUGGCUUGAAGUUAGUUAAUAUGGAAAAGAAAAUGAGGCACCAUUAUUAAAGUUUUUACCAAAGGGA